AUCAUAUCUAAUCGAUUUCCUAUCAAUCUAUCGUCAUCUACUGAUAGUCACCUAUCUCUCUUAUCCUAUCGCGCCGUCGCUGUCGCCGCCCGCUGUCAAGAUGAUGGCCUCACAUCCCACUGUUUCUGCCCCUCAUAACAAUGCUAACGGCGCAACGCAGCCAACGUGCCAGAACUGCAGUACCUCCACCACGCCGCUAUGGCGUCGCGACGAGAUGGGCUCCGUCCUGUGCAAUGCCUGCGGCUUGUUCCUCAAGUUGCAUGGCCGACCGCGGCCCAUAUCUUUGAAGACGGACGUUAUCAAGAGCCGCAAUCGUGUCAAGACCAUGCGACCGGAUAUGCAAAAGAAGAAGCAAAGCCUACCUGCUAGUCACAAUGGGAACAAUUUCCAAAGCCAUGAUGCUGCAAAUGCCGCAGCUACAGCCGCAGCCCUUGCGGCCGUUCGAGCAUCUCAGCAGAAAGCCGCCAAUGGCCAUGGUGCUACCGACUCGCCGGUUUCGCGUACUGCGACUCCCAACAUGUACGACCCGAAUCUGACUGCUUUCCAGACCAUGGACCAUUUCCAGCAGGACGGCCUCCCUUACCCUCUAACGGGCGCCUCUCCGGGUCGCGCUCCUUCUCCCGGUAAUGGAGAGCAACAACCCCUCGAUGCUCCUCAAACGCACGAACAGCUCAUUGCCGCCAACUCAAGCCUCAAGACACGUGUCAGCGAGCUAGAUCUCAUCAACGAAUUGUAUCGUGGACGGCUACAACAACUCGAGCAGGAUAACCAGACGGCGGACAACUAUCGGCAUUCUGCUGAGAUGGCUGCCAAGGAAGCUGCUACAGAGCGUGCGCAUCGUGAAGAGAUCCAGCGCCAGCUUGAUGAUAGCCAUAGAAGGGAGAACGGUCUCAAGCGUCGGCUGGACGAUCUCGAACAGGAGCUUCAAGACCUAAAAAAUCAGCUGAAGGAUCUUGAAAGUGAAGAACCUGUGCAUAAGCGACUAAAACUUGAUGAUGACAGCCAGCUUGAAGCACAGCAGCUUGCUGCCGCCCUACAGGCUGAAUCAUGAUGUCUAUGGAUUGCUUGCAUAUUCUACAACCAUGGCGCCUGUGGUCCUUUGUUUGGUCGACGGCUCAGCUUAAUCUCUUCUAUCUCUUUAGUAACGAGCGAAUAACCCUUGUACCAAUACCGAUAUUGCGAGUUUCUCAUGUUGCUUUGAUUUUCCUGCCGGUCGUGGACGCUUAGAUUUGGCGGACGUGAUGGAUACUCUUCACGACCAGGACUGGCUUUCAUGUUUUAAUAAUACAAGGAAGAAGGGGUGACGAGCGAGGGUUGCCUAUUAGUGCUGGACUAGACGCUCUGUGUGAGCGACUUGUAAGAGCACUCGAGGCAAUGCUAUUCU